GACUCACUGACUCGUGAGUUGACUCGUAAGCUGUUCGCUAAUUACUUGUACAAUUUUCAUGCGAUGAUGUUUCAAUAUGGAAGAAACUAGAAGAAUUUCUGAUCCAGAGAAUGGGAGUUCGAGUUACGGCGGUAAACCGCCGAAUCCACUCUCUUUCUCUUCUUCCUCCGCCGCUGCCGUAUACAAGCAAAGCUUCGACAGCGAGCGAUCGUUGGCUCCGUGUAAUAAGAGGUCACUUGUUCGACACUCAUCUCUCGUGAAGACAAAGGUGUCAGAUAUAUCUGUUGAGAAUGAGUUUACUAUAGAGAAGAAUAAGUCUGAGUUUGUUCCUGCUAUGCGUUCUGGAGCUUGGUCUGAUAUUGGAUCCAGGUCAAGCAUGGAAGAUGCUUAUCUAUGCGUUGAUAAUUUCAUGGAUAGCUUUGGACUUCUGAAUUCUGAGGCCGGUCCAAGUGCCUUUUACGGGGUAUUUGAUGGACAUGGUGGGAAGCAUGCUGCUGAUUUUGCAUGUCACCAUAUACCGAGGUACAUUGUUGAAGAUCAAGAGUUUCCUAGUGAAAUCAAUAAGGUGUUAUCUUCAGCAUUUCUUCAAACAGACACUGCCUUUUUAGAGGCGUGUUCAUUGGAUGGGAGCCUUGCUUCAGGAACUACUGCUUUGGCAGCUAUUCUUUUUGGGAGGUCGUUGGUGGUAGCAAACGCUGGAGAUUGUAGAGCAGUCUUAUCCCGUCAGGGAAAAGCCAUUGAAAUGUCAAGAGACCACAAACCCAUGAGCAGUAAGGAGAGAAGACGCAUUGAGGCAUCUGGUGGAUAUGUUUUUGAUGGCUAUCUAAAUGGACAACUUAAUGUGGCUCGUGCGCUCGGUGACUUUCAUAUGGAAGGUAUGAAGAAGAAGAAAGAUGGUUCUGAUUGUGGACCUCUCAUUGCAGAGCCUGAGCUCAUGACAACUAAACUAACAGAAGAGGACGAGUUCCUCAUUAUCGGGUGUGACGGGGUUUGGGAUGUGUUCAUGAGCCAGAAUGCUGUAGAUUUUGCCAGAAGGAGACUGCAAGAGCACAAUGACCCAGUAAUGUGUAGUAAAGAGCUGGUUGAGGAAGCUUUGAAGAGGAAGAGUGCGGAUAAUGUUACGGCAGUGGUUGUGUGUCUUCAACCACAGCCACCACCAAACUUGGUAGCACCGCGGCUGAGAGUUCACAGAAGCUUCUCGGCGGAGGGUUUGAAAGAUCUACAGAGCUACUUGGAUGGCUUGGGGAAUUAAUUGGGGGACAUGGGGAUGGUGACGAAUGAUUUAUUCUCUGUUUUUGUUUUGUCUUUUCUUACAAUUUAUAGUUUUGGUUUUGGAGGUUUUGUUCUGUUAAAUUCUUGCAAUUUGAGUAACUUAUAACAUGAGGCGGCAUACAAUAAUUUAUUGUUUGGUAGGAUAUAUUUUUUUGUCACUUUUGCAUAAUAAUAAUUCUGCUUCAGUCUCAUUUGUUUUGUAACUAAAUAGGAAUCCUCAUU